CCCUGGCAACACAUACCAGAUUUUCGAUCUGGGGUUUGAUGGAUCGCCUCGCUGUGUGGCUGUUCCAUGCCAUUGGAAGUCACUGGAGUCAAGGCCAGCUGAGCUUGUUGCUUGAUCCGGGAUGUUGGGAGGGAGAGCUACGUAAGAGCUGCCACGCAGUAAUAUAUAUUAGUAGAAGCAGCUGUGUGCUUGCUUUGUGUUACAGUGAUCAUCACCAUGUGGGAGGGCUGCCGUGAUGUGGUAUAACUUGCACCUUUCUUCCAUUGCUACCGUAAACUACUCGCUACCCAUUCUACGGACCACCUACCGUGAUUUAGCUUGGGGCUUCGCAGCUAACUAGCCUCUCAUAAAGCAUAAAGACAUCAAGAGCUUGAUACUACCUACCUACCUACCUUGCCCCAUUCAAGGCUCAGUUGGGCCUCCACCACCACAUGAGCCCACCUACCCACUAACACGGCGACCAUGAACACGGACGAGAAGGUCUACCCCUCGGGGCAGCACUACUCGGGCAGCAACCGGAUCCCCAACAUCAAGCAGUUCGUCGAGUCGCUGGACCGGGAGAAGCGGGAGCGCGACGCCCAGAUCGACUCGCAACAAAAACAAGCGACCAAGCACGGCCAGCACCAUGGCGAGGUCAGGGACCACGUGUCGCCGGGCUACCGCAAGCCGGGCAAGAACCGGCGCACGGUGCGCGACCCGACGACGGGCAAGGACGUCGAGAUCGAGGACAUCAGCAGCGAGCACAUGAAGGCGGCCGACGAGCCAAUGAUCACAAUCCCCAACGCCAACCUGCACAAACCCACAACCCACCAAACCCACCCCUCCCAAUCCGGCGAAGCCUACCGCGUCGCCCAGGACAUCACCGCGCCCCCCGACCCCAUCGCCGAGGGCUCCACCUCCGACGUGCCCAUCCACGGCGAGAAGACCAACGUGCUCUUCCACCCGACGCCCGCCGUCAGCUACGAGCCGACAUACGCGGCGAUCGAAGCGCGCGCGAACGUCCUCUGCGCGGGGUUGUUCCUGGGGGUCGUGGUGCUAGGGAGGGUGUUGGGGGGUGGGAGUUGGUGGGUGCUGGUGUUGUUGGGCGCGGGGGUGGCGUCGGGGGUGGGGUUGUGGGCGAGGGAUGUGGUGAGGCGGGGGAGGGCGAAUGAGUGGAGUGCGGAGCGGAAGAGGGGGGAGACGGCGGUGGUGAAUCUGAUUCCCGAGUCGGUCGAGUGGUUGAAUACGGCGGUCGGGUUGGUGUGGGGGCUGAUGAAUCCGGAUAUGUUCGCUGCGGUGGCGGAUACGUUGGAGGAUGUCAUGCAGGCGAGUGUGCCCGGGGUGAUUGAGCAUGUGAAGGUGAAUGAGAUCUCGCAGGGGAGUAACCCGUUGAGGGUGCUGAGUUUGAGGGCGCUGCCGGAUGGGCAUGUGCAGGAGCUGAAGGAGGAGAUUCAUAAGAGGGAUGCGGAGGUCAAGGAUCCGCAGGAGCUGGCGGCCGAGGAGGAAGGGGGCGAUUUCUAUAACCUCGAGGCUACCGUGGCGUACCACUCGCUGCCGUCGUCGGGCGAUGUGUCGUCCAAAGCGAAAAACAUGGGCAUGCAGCUGGUCUUCUACCUGGGCGUCCGCGGCCUGUUCGGGGUGCCGCUCCCGAUCUGGGUGGAGCUGAACCGGCUCGUGGCGACGGCGCGGCUGCGGGUGGCGCUCGCGCCGGACCCGCCGUUCGUCAAGACGCUCAGCUUCACGCUGAUGGGGCUGCCCAAGGUGGAGGCCAGCUGCGUGCCGCUGGUGGAGAGGGGCGCCAACAUCCUCAACCUGCCGCUCAUCUCCAACUUUGUCAACUGGGCGAUCGCGGCGGCGGCCAACAUGUACGUGGCGCCCAAGUCGAUGACGCUCGACGUGGGCAAGAUGCUGCAGGGCGACGACAUCAAGAAGGAGACCAACGCGCUCGGCGUGCUCUUCAUCCGCAUCCACAAGGCGGUCGGGCUCAGCAAGCAGGACCGGCGCGGCAGCGAAGGGGGCGGGUCGGACCCGUACAUCUGCGUUUCCUUCUCCAAGUUCGGCAAGCCGCAGUACUGCACGCGGGUGAUCCAGGACGACCUCAACCCCUUCUUCUCCGAGUGCUGCGCGCUGCCCAUCACGGCCGACGUCAUCAAGGCGGACGAGCAGCUGUCGCUGGAGCUGUGGGACAGCGACCGGUCGUCGGCGGACGACGUGGUGGGCAAGGUGGAGCUGAGCAUCCAGAAGCUGAUCCAGCACCCGGGCCGCAUGUUUCCGCAGACGUCGCAGCUCAAGGGCGUCAAGGCCGGGAGCACGAUGCCGGGCGAGCUGCACUGGGAGGUGGGCUACUUCGGCAAGACGCAGUUCCGGCGGGCGCUGCGCACCGACGGGCUCGACCCCAACCUGCCGCGCGGCCUGCGCGACAAGAAGGAGCUGCGGGACGACCGGGGCAGCCUGGAGACGGCCGAGGAGGACGCCGUGGUGCACACGCCCCCCGACCCGCUCUGGCCGAGCGGGGUGCUGAGCGUGGUGGUGCACCAGAUCGUCAACCUCGAGCUCGAGAACGUCAAGGGCUCGCGGGGCGGCAAGCGCAGCGGCGGGCGCGAGUACGAGCCGGCGCGGCCCGAGGCCGGGGAGAUCAAGGAGGAGCAGGGCAAGAAGCUGCCGAGCGCGUACUGCACGGUGCUGGUCAACGACGAGCUCGUCUACAAGACGCGCACCAAGGUGGUGUCGUCGCGGCCCAUCUUCGAGGCCGGCACGGAGCGGUUCGUGCGCGACUGGCGGUCGUGCGUGGUGACGGUGACGGUGCGCGACUCGCGCAACCGGCAGCACGACCCCAUCAUCGGCGUGGUGCCGCUGCGCCUGUCCGACAUCCUGCAGACCAGCAGCCAGAGCACGCGCUGGUACCCGCUCGACGGCGGCAUCGGCUUCGGGCGCAUCCGCGUGAGCCUGCUGUUCCGCUCCGUCGAGCUGCGCCUGCCGCCCGCCCAGCUGGGCUUCGGCGAGGUCGGCACCUUUGAGUUCACCUCGGACGCCCUCACCACGACGGGCUACAGCCCAUCGCCGCACACCAAGAUCCGCAUGCGCACAGGUGGCAGCUCCGCCUCGGUCAAGGGCGACGUCUGCCGCCGCGCCGACGACGGCAACGGCCUGACCUGGGACAUCAGCGGCGACGGCGACGCCUCGGACAACGAGCACCCAGACGAUCAUCAUCAUCAUCAGAAGACGACGACGACGACGACCAAGAAGAAGCACAAAUCCAAGCGCAUCCGCCUCCCCGUGCGCUACCGCUACCGCUCCCCCGUCUUCUUCGAAUUCCACCCGCCCUCCAGCACCAGCCUGCGGCGCAAAGCCGACACCUUCGCCUCGCUCUGGCUGCAGGACAUACCCGACGGCGAGGAGCGGGACUUCGACAUCCCGGUAUGGCGGUGCGACAACGGGCUGCGCCUCUCGCAAAACUACAUCACCGAAGCCAACAUCGCGUCCGUCCCGGCCCUGCGCGCCGAAGAGGUCGGGCGGCUGCGGUUCCGGGGCCGGUUCCAGCCCGGCACGGACCGCGACCACCUGCGGUUCGUCAGCGACAACGACUCGCGCGAGACCAUCGAGACGUGGGAGGCGUGCUUUGCCGAAGGUGUGCGCGCCGAGCAUGUCCACCCCGAGGUGCCCCCCGCCGUGCAGCGGCUGCAUGAGGUGAGCCUGACGCAUGGGCGGGAUGUGCUGGCCAUGGCGCCCGAGGAGGAGAAGAGGCGGUGGCUGGCCAAGGAUGGCACGGAUUGGAGCGGCGCGUUUGGUGAGGAUCCGGCUGCGCUUGUGAAGGAGGAGAGACGGGAGGGGAGGGAUGGCGAGGUUGAUGAGCGGGAUGGGCGGGAUGGGCAGACGGAUGAAGAGGACCUCGUGGAAGAGGAGAGCAGUGACGAGGAGGUGGAUCUGGGUAUUGACGAUGCCACGCAUGACAAGGGCAAGGGGCGGGCGAGCGUGGGGAGCAGUGGUGACGGCGAAGGGGAGAACUAUACCUGGAAGGGAGAAGAGGAUGGCCAUGAUGGUCGCUCCGGCAAGUCUAUGGACAGCAACGCCACAGGGGCCACGGGAGCAACCGGGGCGACUAGCAAGUCGAGCAACAAGUCGAGCAGCAGCAAGAACCCGAUCGCGCAAUACAGGGACUACCGCAGCCGCAAACACUUGAUGCUGACCAGAGUACCUAGGAAACCCAUGCGCAACGUCCAGUUUGCCAAGGACGAGGCCGUCUAUGCCACUCGGCGGUUGAUGAAGGUCGGCAGUCUGAGCGGGCGGAAGCCUGAUGUUGAGACCGAGGUUUGAGUUUUGUGUUGAAAAACAAAGGGAAAAGGGGUGUGGGAUGUAAGAUGUUCUCUUUUGUCUGCUUUCAGUUUUGGCGUUCGGGUCCGACGAUGAAAUGAUGAGAAAUAUAUAUGGAAAACGAUAUUUGUAAAUUGUCACUUCGGCAGGCAGCGAGUAUUUUACUUCUUAAGCCGUC